AUGAGUGAAAAGAAGAAAGUAAGGGAGACGUUUGAGAGGGGAGGAGGAGAAUUAAAGGAAUUAUGGCUUAUUUGCUUCACCUCCAUUUUGUGGUCUGUCUGGCAUGUGAGGAACAAAACCAGAUUUGAUGGUCGUUGCUUCUCAGUUCAAGCUGUUUGUAGGCUUAUAUCUGGGCAUAUAAGAGCAACUAGUCAUCUUACAACGAGUCCCAUGCAUAGUACUGUUCAAGAGCUACGAAUAUUGAAGUGUUUUGGAGCCCCAUGUCGGCCUCCUAGAGUAGUUGAAGUUAAUUGGCUCCCACCUUCUCUUGGUUGGGUGAAAAUUAAUUCUAAUGGAUCAUGGAAACAUGAAGAGGGAGUUGGUGGUUGUGGUGCAAUUUUUCAGGAUUAUAAAGGUCAAUUUCUUGGAGCUUUUGCCUCAAAUCUUGAGAUUCCUAGUUCGAUUGCAGCGGAGAUAAUGGCUGUCAUAAAGGCCAUUGAGCUUGCUUGGGUUCGAGAUUGGAAACAUAUUUGGUUGGAGGUUGAUUCAUCUCUAGUACUUGAUUAUAUCCGUACACCUUCUCUUGUCCCUUGGUCUCUUUGA